UUUAGGAAUGUAAAGGGUCUUGGAACAGGAGUGAUUAUCUCACGCUAAGAUGAAAACGCCAAAGCUGAAAUGGUUUCACAUAAGCAGUUAUUAUAUUCGAAUGCUAUGCACUUAUAAACCAAGGGCACCAAAAGUAUCGAAUAAGGCAAUGAAUUUGAAUGUGGAUUCGAAGUUCAUACGUAAUAUUGGCAUUAUUGCGCAUAUUGAUGCAGGCAAGACAACGGUUACGGAGCGCUUAUUAUAUCUUGCUGGUGCAACAAAGUUUUUGGGAAAUGUUGAUUCUGGAAAUACUGUGACGGAUUUUAUGGAGUUGGAACGUGAACGAGGUAUUACAAUACAGUCUGCAGCAGUAACACUGUUUUGGAAAAAACAUAGAAUCAAUUUAAUUGAUACUCCUGGGCAUGUCGACUUCACUUUAGAAGUUGAAAGAUGUCUUCGGGUGUUAGAUGGUGCUAUAACUGUCUUGGAUGUAUCAGCCGGUGUACAGGCACAAACUAUAGCUGUGUGGCGACAAGCGGAAAAAUUUUCUGUCCCAUCGGUUUGUAUACCCAUUGCACAUAAAGACAAGCACUUCGUAGCCGUUGUGGAUGUGAUCAAUAAGCGUUACUUGAAUCUUGAUUUAAAUGAUGAGUCGCUAUGGAUCGAUUUAAAAGAGGACUAUUCCCAGUGA